AUGCCCUAUCAACAGCAACAGCAACAACAAAGUACUUCCAAAUAUUACAUGGAUGCUGAUGAUCAAGGCGUUAUUAAUGCCGUUAUGUCAGUUCUGUCCUCUCCACCAGAACAGCCUGUCGUUGCGAAUCAGUAUUCUAAUGCAUUGACAGCAGCUGACUCUGAAAUUGAAGCAUAUGCGAAAUUAUCAGGCAAAGACUGGACAUACUACGUUAAAGAUUUGAACGUUGUCAUAGGUAGAAACACAGACAAUGUCAACCUAUUACCUGCUGAAUUUACUGUGAACCCUAGUAUUCAUAUCGAUUUGGGUCCCACGAAAGUGGUUUCAAGAAAACAUGCCGUCAUUAAAUUUAAUAUUGACACAGCAAAGUGGGAAUUAUUUGUCUUGGGACGUAACGGUGCCAAAGUCGAUUUUAUGAGAGUAAAAUCAGGGCCAGAUGUCCCACCUUAUCCACUUGUUUCUGGCUCUAUAAUAGAUAUUGGCGGUGUUCAAAUGAUCUUUGUUCUCCCUGAUCAGCCGCCUACAUUUGCUGAAAGUUCGAUAGAACAUCUAGUUCCACGUUUGAUCGAUUCUUAUGGAGUCAGAGGGAAUAACAACUCAAAGUUACGUGAUCUUAUUCAAACUUCAAAUUAUAUGAAGACUUAUGUCGCGGAUAAGAUAACACCAGGAUUGUUUAAUAAUAAUGAACCCAAUUCGAUGGAUUCCGGUAAAAUUACAGAAUCUGAAACUGCUUCUCCGCAGGUGCGAGAUCCUGGUAUGAGUAUUGGUACACCGCCAACAUCUUCACCAAAGAAAGUAAGUAAAGCUUUAGGGAAAGGGAAAGGGAAAAGGGAUAAACCCCCUCAGUCUUAUGCUACAAUGAUUGCGGAGGCUAUCUUAUCAACGGAGGAGGGAAUAAUUACCCUUGCAUCCAUUUAUGAAUACAUUACGACACAUUACCCAUGGUAUUUGACCACUAAGACGGGUUGGCAGAAUUCGGUAAGACAUAAUCUAUCAUUAAACACAGCAUUUGAAAAAGUUCCGAAAAGAAUUAAUGAGCCAGGUAAAGGUAUGUAUUGGAGAAUAAGCAAACAAUACAAGGAUGAUUUUAUGAAAAGGUGGGAAGAGAAUAGGAUACAUUCUACGAAACGUGGAAGUGCCGUGGAUAGAAUUUUACAAUUGCAUCUUUCUAAGCAUCAGAGAUUACCUGAACAAAAACCCUAUGAAGAGGAACCUAAGGUGAUUACUACACAGGAUAUGGCUGAAGUUAAUAGUAAGAAGCGUUCUGCAGAACAGGCUGAGUUGGAAAAUAGGGAACAAGUGGAGGCUGCUAAUGAAACGCAUCAAGAUAUUACAAUGACAAGUCUGAAUCAGGACGUAUUAAUGUGA